GAUUUGUCCCGAGGCCAGAUCUCGGAUAUAGAGAAGAAGGACCUCGAAGCCUACAAGAACUUACAUUUCCUGUAAGUAGUUCAUUAUUAAAAAUCCCACACUACUCGGUGAACCAUUUUACGAAACUGUUUAUUGGUGUCAUAAGCUUAUCUAAAACAAUUUCGCUCUUUUAUUUAACAUAAGCUUACUUAAGUUUAAUAGCUUUUAAUGCGUUUUAUCUAUACAGGGAUAUAAGACACAACCAAAUAAAAAGUGUCUCUCCAGGUUUAUUCAGCGAUAUGACGACUUUGAGGGAACUGUAAGUGGCCUGAUGAUAAUAAGAGCUAUUUUUUAUGCCAAAUAUUUAUGAUACAGUAGUUGUACAGUAUGUUGAUACAGUAUGUUGCCCAGUAUCCGGACACUUCAGUUUAACAUCGCAAUAACUUUCCUUUGUUGAUCGCAAGAGCUCCGAAAUUUGACCCAGAGAAAAUCUAUUUAGUCCUUAAUAUGACAAAAGACAAUUUAACUUUUUUGCCUCUGGUUCCAUCGCGAAAUUAAUAUUUUUGCAGAGUUCUUGUGUUGCUCAGUAUCCGGACAGCUGGCCCAGUAUCCGGACACAACAAUAACAACGUAAUUGUACAUAAAUUUCGACAGGUAAACGACUUAUAAGCUUCUCUUGCACUUGCUAAGUAGUCUUGCAAUCGAUUCCAAAAUAUAACCUACAGUAGCAUCGUGAAAUAAAACAUAACAAAUGACUGGGGUAUGGUGGGGAACGCGAGCGGUUGUUUAAUAGCAUAAUUCUUACUCUUACUCUUACUCUUACAUCCGUGGACAUGCCGAAGCCGCGGUUUGCUAGUUCAAUUACCCAAUCUGCAAACGAAUUUUUUCUUCAUUUUUUAUUUGAAAGAAAAAAAGCUUGGCGAAGGGGCCUCAAUGCGACGGUCAAAGGUCACUCUCCUAUUUAGUCUGACCUGCAGUGUUGAUUUCUUCAUGCUCAGUCCCUACAGACCCUACAAUAAGCCUGCUUUUCUAGCACCUAUCCCUCCUUCUUUCACAUCUCUCAAGCCCUUUGUGACAUGUUUCAGACCGUUGCAACCCCAUUACAGCAGUCACAACUGGGGAAAGUAUGAGAAUUCCAGGUUCAACUUCUAUGCUUUCGGUUAAAUAUAGAAAAUGCAGUCACACGAAACAAGAGGCGCACACGAAAUCAAGUUGCCUCAGAAUGAGUGAAGAAAAUUUCCGUACGGAGUUGAGUAGAAUUCCAUUUUACGACUAUAUCAUAUAUCCUAAGCUUUAAUUAUAGUUAUAGAUAUGAAAUAAAUCUUAUCCGGAUAAUGUACACGGCUAAUUCAGGGCUAAUUCAUCGAUUCUGUACAGCAAAGAAAAAACUGUCCGGAUACUGGGCACCUGACAUCAAUACUUAGUGAAUGUUUCUGGGCUCCGUUAUUCCAAACAAAUCGAAUUUCAAGGAGAAUUAAUAAACUUUCUGAGAACCUGACUUCUUUAAGUAUCUUCACGUUAAAUAUAAAACCGUUUCUUUGAAAAUAAGACAAAUUACCAACCCUUUUGUGGGCAGCACUAAUUUUACUGCGCAGUAAACAGCGUAAAUAUUAGCCAUGAAAUGUUUAUUCACCUAAACAGAACGACGUCUUCUGCGACUGUUUCGCAAGCUUUCAACUUGCCAAAACCUUUAUCUUAAAGCCGAAAUGUUCAGCUUUCAUUCGAAAUACUUCGUUUACCGAUAACUGAAAAGGGCGCCUCAAAAAUUGAGUUUUUUGUUUCAAGUGUCCGGAUACUGGUACCGUCCGGAUACUGGGCAACAUACUGUACAUAAAUAGUUUUCGGACGACGCCACUUAACAAGCUGCCUGCCUCAGCAACAGGGUCAUCUGAGUAUUAGUCUGAAACUUAUGAUGUGCCAAAGGCCCAAAGUUGAGAAAAGGCUGAAGGUUUCGAAAUGCUGUUCACAGGCAGGUUGUUAUUCUUUGUGGGCACAUUGUUACAUGAAAAUAUGUUUCCUGUGUUCGCAGUGGCUUAACAUCUAUGAUUGUUAUGUUUUCGUGUUAAAUAAACCGCCUUUAUACUGCAUUACCCACAAUUUUUAUAUUGUGUUUAAAUAAUCUACAACUGUUUUAAAAAUACUUUUGUUUUAGGUAUGUUUCUUAUAAUCCAUGGUCAUGUGACACAACAACGCUUCAUGUAUUGCAAAUGGAGCUAAUUGCUCUGGCAGACAAGAACUCACAUCUCAAUAACUUUGAUGGUGGUAAAAUGGAGUGCUUUGAUCCACCAAACAUGAAAGGAAAAAAGCCACUGCACUCUGCUCAUUGUAAGAAAAUAUUUUUUGUUUUUACUGUAUCUGCAUAGAAGUGAACUGUAUUGGGUCAAAUAUGUACUUCUUUUCAAGCUGUAGGCAACGGUACUGAAGGUUUUGUCUUCCUCUUUAUACUUGGGGUUCAGUGCAAUGGGACAGCUGACUUGUCUCAACAGUGGGAGGCCAGGCCAGGGGUUGGGGGGAUUCCUUAGGGCAUUAAAAACAGGGUUGUUAAAAACAGGUGCGAGAUUAAAGCUUGAGCUGUAAUAUAGACUACUGUUUCUCUUUGAUUAUAAUAGAACACUCCUGAGAGUGGUAUUGGAGGCAAAGAGAAUCUUGCAAUAUGUGCAUGAUGUUCCUGGAAGUUUUCCAAAUUAGGAGUUAUUAAGAAAGGUUCAGAGAAUUUCAUCAGUAAAAUUCCAGGAAGUAUCAACCUUCAGGAAAUUCCAAACAAAACAUUGUUGGGGACAGCACGUAUUCUAUGAGAUAAAACUACAUGUAUGCAUGUAAUUAUAAAUCAAACCACUAUCAAUAAAAGAAAAUUGUAUUUUUUUUACUAUAGCAACAGUCAAGGUCCUACAUGUACAUAAAGUUAUGAAAGGACGUAUGGCUGAUCAACACCAGAUCCCUGCUGGAGUAAUAGCACUGUCAGUAUUCUUGGUGAUGUUGCUGUUCACUGCUGUAGGUGGAACUGUCUGGGUGUUCAGAGAAAACUUACAAGACUUGUUCAUGUGAGUCACCAAAAAUCACCAAAAAAGGUGGUCUUUUACAGUGUUCACACAGUCUUUAAAAGUCCUUAAAUUUUAAGCGAAGUCAUUGAAAAGUCACUGAACUCCAUUUAUCCUGCAAGUCCUUGAAAAUUCCUUGAAUUUUCGUCAGCUUUGAAUGUAGUGACCUGGAAAGAAUUCUUUGAUGCUUUUUUUUGGCGCUCUAUGUCUUAAGCAAUAAUUAACUAUCAGUUUACGACAAGCGAACUGAAAGAAUGUAGAGAAGUUAGUGAAGCAAACAGUUCAAGCCUUAAAGUCUUAUUAGAAUAGACUGGGAAUGUGCUAGCCUGAAUUUCAUCCAAUUACUUCAAGUCGUUAUUACUCCCUCAGAGGAGAAAACAACUCGAAGCAAUCAGAUGAAUUUCGAUCAGGCUAGGAAUGUGCAUUUUUGUACAAUCUGUGAAAUUAUAUUCCUAGUAGUUGGUCCUUGAAAAUCUAAUGUGCUCCUUGAAAAGUCCAAGAAAGGACUUGAGAAAUGGUUGAAAUUUUUUGUAUGAACCCUGUUUUCGCAUAAAAUAUGUUGCCUUUGCCUAAACCAUUAAGUCUAACUGCUGAACUCAUGGUUUAUUCUAUUUACUUUAUAUGUAAAAUUUAUAAAAAACAUGACAGUUAACAUGAUCAUGAGGGGUCAUCAUAUACUAGCAUGCAAGUCAAGGGUUANCAUUGGCUCUUAAAUCCCCACUAGCUUUUAAUUCAUUCUUAGUCUUGCAGACUCGAGGUUAAAUGUUUGAAUUUAUAGUUUGUUUGGGUAUGCUGUUUCUUCAGAAUAGUUUUGAGGCCUUUUUCUUGAUAACACUGUAUCUUGCCUUUACACCAUAAGUUGGCACAAAUAAACGUCUUAGGGGUUUAUUUACAACUUCCCAUUUAAGACCCAGGGUUACUCAUUAAAAUAUAUAAAAAAAAUGGUAUGUUUACAUUUGCCUUGAUUCGAUUCAUAGGAAUGUUUGGAGACUCAAGCCUCAGAGUGAUCCAGCAAACAAAAUGGAAGCAGGUGAGAUGUACAAGGACCUGCUAACUUCUAAAACAAGCAGCAACAAAGGAGUAGUUGAUGCAGGGAAGAAAACAAAACCUAAUGGCCAACUUGAUAACAAAAGCAUUUUGAUUGACAAGAGGAAAAAAAGGAGUCACAAGUUACAGGGCCUUCCAGCCUCUCAUGGUAACAGUGCAUUAUGUUCUAAUAACAAAGCAAAAAACAAGAAAACUCCUGAUGAGCUGAACAAGAAACGCAUCUUGUAUGAGAAAAUGAAAAAGCGGCGCCGCAUGUCACAGGGCCUUCCAGCCUCUCAGAGUAACAGUGCAUCAAGCUCUGAUGAAGAAGCAACUGUUAAACCAGCAAACAACAAGAAAAUUCCUGAUGAGUUAAGUAAGAAAAGCAUUUUGAAGGAGAAUAUGAAAAAGAGGCGUCGCAUGUCACAGGGCCUACCAGCCUCUCAGAGUAACAGUGCAUCAAACUCUGAUGAUGAAGCAAGAGUUAAACCAGCAAACAAGAAAACUCCCGAUGAGUUAAGCAAGAAGAGCAUUUUGAUGAAGAAUAUGAAAAAGUGGCAUCGCAUGUCACGCGGCCUUCAAGCCUCUCAGAGUCAAAGUGCACCAAGCUCUGAUGGUGAAGCAACAGUUACACCUGCAAACAACAAGAAAACUCCUGACAAGUUAGACAGUGAAACUGUUCUGAUUGACAGUAUGAAAAAGAGGCGUCGUAUGUCACAGGGUCUCCCAACUACUGAUGUUAAGGGGGAAUCAAACUCAGAAAAUGAAGCAGAAGUUAACUCAACGUGUAACCUUGAAGAGAGAAUGAGCAGACAGAGGCGACAAUCAUGUGGUUUUGCAGAGGGAGAAAACAGCAGCUUUAGUGAAGAAGAUAGUAGAUUCACACCACAGUAG